AUCUAUCUAUUCUACCCCUCCUUCUUCAGAUUUCUCUUCUUCCUUGUUCAAUUCUUAUUCCGCUUUUAUCUUCUUUUUUAUUUUUCAUUUAAAUAAACACACACUUAGUUGUAAACUUGUAACUGUGAGCUUUAGCUAUUAUGAAUCAUCGUUGAUAGUACUAGCGUUGAAAUUGGGGCUAUUUUAAUUAGGGCUAUUUUAAUUAGGAUCUUAAGUCAUAUUAUUAUUAGGAUGUUAUUACAUGGUAUCUUAGUACUAUCGCAGUUGGAAUUUCAGUUUGAAACCACUAUAGAAUGAAACAGGUUACCACACCAAAAUGCAAGUUUAAAAUGCACUCUCCAACUUAAUAACCACACUUACCAUAGAUUCAACUUUUUUUUUUUUUAAUGUUUUUUUCUGUUCUUAGUUUUUACCUUGACGAUUCUUAUAAGCUCAGCUUAGUUUUUUUUUUAGUUAAUUUCGGAUGUAAAUACUGUGUAACAUAAUCGAUCGUCUAUGGAUGUGUGUUUGUAGAUAGAGAAAUAAGAACCGUAUUGUUGAUAAGUUUGGUUCCGAAGUUUGAACUUGAAAGUGGGAGGAAUUGAGAUUUGCGAUUUGGAUCACGUUGUGAUAGUGUUUCCCUUCGUCAGAUUUGAGGAAUGAACUUCAAGAGCUUUGGAAAUGAGGCGGCCGGCGGCGACGGCGGCGGAGGGAGGCCGGUGGGGAACUUCUCCCUGGCGCGGCAACCGUCGGUGUACUCGUUGACGUUCGACGAGUUCAUGAGCAGCAUGGGAGGGUCGGGGAAGGACUUCGGAUCGAUGAACAUGGACGAGUUGCUGAAGAACAUUUGGAGCGCCGAAGAGGUUCAGACAAUGGCGUCGGGGAGUGCCACUGGCUUAGACGGCGGCGUUGGAGUUAGCCAUUUGCAGAAGCAAGGGUCGUUGACGCUGCCACGAACCCUAAGCCAGAAAACCGUGGAUGAGGUUUGGAAGGAUAUCUCGAAAGAGUAUGGGAACGAGGGAGGUCCUAAUUUGGCGCAGACGCAAAGGCAACCAACGUUGGGAGAGAUGACGUUGGAGGAGUUCUUGGCGAGAGCUGGUGUUACCAGGGAUGAUGCGAAACCUAAUAAUGCUGUGUUUGUUGAUCUGUCUCGUGCUGUCAAUAACAGUGGUUUAGGGUUGGGGUUUCAGGCUCAGGCCCAGCAAUUGAACAAGGUUACCGGUUUGAUGGGUAACAGGUUGCCUGUGAAUAAUGAUCCAUUGGUGGGUCUUCAAUCUUCUGCUGCUAAUUUGCCUUUGAAUGUUAAUGGGGUGAGAUCAUCCAAUCAGCAGCAACAGCUGCAGAGUCCACAGCAUCAGCAUCAGCAUCAACAGCAGCAGAUAUUUCCUAAGCAGACUGCUAUGUCUUAUGCAGCUCAGAUGCCUCAAGGAAUAAGGGGUGGAAUGGUGGGGCUUGCUGCUGAUCAGGGUCUGAAUGGGAAUCUUGUGCAAGGUGGUGGGAUUGGUAUGGUUGGUUUGGCACCUGGACCGGUUCAUGUUACUACUGGGUCACCUGCUGCUAACCAAAUGUCCAGUGAUAAAAUUGGGAAGAGCAAUGGUGAUACUUCUUCCGUGUCGCCGGUUCCUUAUGUCUUCAAUGGUGGCCUGCGAGGGAGGAAGAGUGGGGGAGCUGUGGAGAAGGUGAUUGAGAGGAGGCAGAGGAGAAUGAUAAAGAAUAGAGAGUCAGCUGCUAGAUCGCGGGCUCGCAAGCAGGCUUAUACCAUGGAAUUGGAAGCAGAAGUUGCAAAGUUAAAAGAGGAGAACCAAGAGCUUCAGCAAAAACAGGCAGAAAUCAUGGAAAUUCAGAAAAAUCAAGUUAAGGAAAUGAUGAAUUUGCAACGAGAAGUCAAGAGAAGACGAUUAAGACGAACACAAACUGGUCCAUGUUAGGGAGGGUAUGCACAGUAUCAUGAGAAUAUGUUUCAGCACACGUCCAAUUUCAUGCCACCAUUGGUUAGACAAUCUUGUGCAGUAGCGCUUUCGCUGAAUUUGAUUAGGUGAG